AUGAGAGAGGAUAAGGAGAGGACUCCCAAGGAAAGAACGUCAGCCAUAAUGCUGGCGAUGAGGACGGUGCCGGGCCGCGCUGUUUCUGCGCCAACUGCCGUCACCGGUAACAGAGUUCUGCGUAUCUCCGCGGAAGGACUUGUGAAUCCGCUCGCUCACUUGCCACUGUAG